UCUGCUGUUUGCAGUCGGGUCGGGUAGCUGUUGGAAGGCUGGGGGAGUAAAUUGCCGCCCCUGCUUUCGGCGAAGACCAUCUUUUUAUUUGCUUUCUGUCUGCGCUCCAACGUUAUCAAAUGGAAGCCGAAGCAAAGGAGGAGGGGCGAGUGGAACAAGCUCUGCAAGUCCGCCAGUUCGAGAAUCCCCCUUCUGCUGAAGAUUUCUCUACCGAGAUUGAACCCACCAAUGUUCCAGCGGUCUUUCAUGGCGCCGUCAAGGACUGGAAGGCCUUUUCCAAGUGGAACCCUUUUAAUGGAGGCCUCGAUUACUUGGAGGAGAAAGCAGGAUCUGCUGUCGUGGAGGCUAUGCAUUCCAAAUCUGCACCAGUUUUCUUUGGGGACCUUAGAAGCCAUGAGAGGGUAGCUAUACCAUUUUCUGCCUUCAUUGCCUCCUGCAAACUCUAUCUUCACAAAGUGGAUGUUGUCAGUACUUCCACUACUGUGACGGAAGAGUCUUCCUUGGAACCAUCAUAUUCAAAAGAAGUAUUCUCUACCUCGGAUACCUCUGACCAAUUCUAUAUAGCACAGGUUCCCAUCUUGAACACUGAGAGCAAAGAAAGAUGUCAAUUGGAAAUUCUGAGAGAAGACAUUCAAAUGCCCCUAUUUAUAGGGAUGAAAACAUUGGCAUCUGUCAAUUUUUGGAUGAAUAGGACUCGAUCUAGAUCUAGUAAUCACUAUGAUCCACACCAUAACCUACUUUGUGUGGUUGCUGGUUCCAAAGAAGGUAUGCUUUUACUUUGCUUUGUUGUUGCAAAGCAAGUUAAAAUGCACUUGUAUUUCAUUUGCAUCUAUUAUCAUGAUGAAUCCAUGUUCACGAAAGAAAAAAAUAGAAAGUCUUAUAUUUGAUUUGCUGAUAUGACUAAAUCUCAUUUUGGAUAGGGUUUGUCCCUAAUGCAGUAAUAUUUUAUAUGAACGUUUGGAGAACAAGAAACAUGGAGGGGUUUUUCAAAAUCUGUAUACUCUUUUUUUCUUCUAUCAUGAACAUCGUCGCUGUCAACUCUACAAUCUCAUCCAAUUUGUCCACCUCACACUUCUGAGCGGUCCAUGGGAGAUUGCUUCCACCAAGGCUAACAACUGGUUUCAGGACUACUAGGGCAAAUAUACGUCACUUGCUUUGACUGGGUGUAUGCAUGUGAUGUUCUUCCUUUAAUAGCCAAAAGUAGGAGCGAGACUUGGGGGAGAGAACAGCAAGUUUCACAUUAUUUACUGUUUUAAGUGGUACAACAUGGUGGGUGCAUAGUCCGCAAUUGGGUUCUAAAUUAUAAUAUUGUAAUCAUAAGAAUUGAUGAGCAUUAAAAAAUAUUUCCAUCAUUGAAAUGGAU